ACGAGGUCUUGGUGAUCACGUGACUUUGACGUCGGCACGAGUACGUGUUCGAUACGGUUGAUACAUCUUCUCUUUUGCAAGAACGAUACUCGAGGAAUCAUCACUGUUUGAGUGAUCGCUGCUUGUGUUGAUCAGCGCACUAAAAUAUGGACGACAGAGGCUACGGUUCUGGUUAUUCCAGUUGGGGAGGAGGUGGGUCAGGCAGCAGAGGUUCUGGUGGCUUUGACAUGUAUGGAGGAGGUUAUAAGGACUCAAUGUCUGGGCUUGGGGGCUAUGGAGGAGGAGGAGGAGGAGGAGGAGGCCACAUGAAGAGAGGUCUGUCAGGAGCGUCACUCCUGUCAUCCACAGGCACGCAUGCAGAUGCAGUUAUUGCCAAGAUUAACCAGCGCCUGGACAUGCUCACUCAGUUGGAGGGGGGGUUGAAAGGGGCUCGGGGUGACAGGUUUGACCAGUACGAGUCAUUCGACUCGCGCACCUCCGCUUUCACCUCCUCCCGAGAUCUCUACAGAUCUGGCGGCAGUAGCUAUGGUUAUGGUGAUGGCCGUGGGGACAACCUGCUGUUGGGCCAGCGAGGAGGCUCGGGCUUCGGAGGGGGAAUUGGGCUAGGGGGAGGAGGAGGCUUUGACAGUCCCUCCUCUUCUUUUGGAGUCGCUAAAAUGCGACAUAAUAUGAGGGAGUCCUUCACCAGUGGCCAGGGAGGAGGUUCGGGAGGUGGAGGAUGGGCCGGAGCAGGCCGACGUUCCCCCAGAAGGGGUGGAAGUGCUGGGGGUCGAGGAGCUGGAGGAGGGUUUGCCAGCCGCAGGUCUGACCCCACCCCAUUAGGCGGAGGUGGACGGGGAAGUGGUAGUGGUGGCCAGUCCCACCGUGGUCACUCUCCAGGAGGUGGUAGAGGCAAGCUCCCAUCCCUCCUGUCCAACCGCAUGUACCCUGAGAGUGGAGGCUUCCAUCAGGGUUCCACUCAAGGGCCUCACGACUUCCCUGGGAGGCAUUUUGGAGGGGCCCCACGGGCUGGCCGGCAGCGAGGCCGCAAGAGACCCCUCAACAAACAGGUGAAGCCACAGCGUGAAGUCCAAAAGAAGAGAAAGCAGACACUUACUGCAGCUGAUGAGCCAGAGUCAAAGAUGAACAAGACAGAGAGCGCAGGGUCCGAGGCUACCCAAGAGCAAGCUGAGAAAAAUGGUGAUGACAGUGAACCAAAGACAGCAGCUGUGGAUACGAAACCUGCUGAAGAGGGAGAUAAAGCAGCACAAAAACAGGAGGACAAGAAGAAGCCGCAGGGCAAACAGCCCCCAGCCCAAGGCCAAGACAAGCACCCAAAAAUGAGGAAGCGAAGGGGCUUUCUGGAAAGGGUGAUGUUUGCAUGCUCUGUGUGCAAGUUUCGUUCCUUCUACAAGGAGGAAAUGGAAACUCAUCUUGAGAGUCGCUUUCACAAGGACCACUUCAAGUUCCUUUCCAGCCAGUUGUCCAAGCCCACUACAGACUUCCUACAGGAAUACUUGCAGAAUAAGUUCAAAAAGACAGAGCAGCGAGUCAGCCAACUGGAAAACCACAGUGCUGCCAUCUGCCAGGUGUACAAAGAGCAGGACCUCACCAGGGAUCUCGGUAUGGAGCACUUCAUGAGGAAGGUGGAAGCUGCUCACUGUGCAGCAUGUGACCUCUUCAUUCCCAUGCAGCCCCACCUGAUACAGAAGCACAUCAAGUCUCCUGACCACAACUACAACCGAAAGGGCAUGAUGGAGCAGUCCAAGAAGGCCAGCCUGUCAGUUGCUCGUAGCAUCCUUAACCACAAACUCAUUGGCAAGAAGCUGGAGAGUUACCUCAAGGGUGAAAACCCAUUCACUGGUAACCAGGAUGAUCAGGAUCCAGAGGACUCCAUGGUGAUGGACGUGUCAGAGGUAGAGUUAACCAGUGAAACAGCAGACACCCAGGCAGAGGCAGCACCAGUUAAGGAUGAACCGGUGGCUGAGGGAGACGUGUACCAAGAGGCAGUCGAAGGUGAAGCAGCAGGGGAAGAAAAGAUGGAGGAGGAGCUAGCAGUGGAGGAAGAUGGGAAGCAGGGUAACCAGGAAGAGGAGGAAGGUUUUGAAGUUGGAGAAGAGGAGGAGGGAUACGUGGUGCAUGAUGAGGUUGGUGAAGAAGGAUUACAGGAUGCGGUGGAAGAGGAAGGAGUAGCAGUUGAAGGAGUUGAAGGAGAUGAAGGAGUAGAAGGAGUAGAGGGAACAGAGGGAGCAGAGGCAGCAGAGGUCGAGGAGGAAAACAAAAAUCAUGAAUGACUUUUGCACCAUGUGUGAUUUCUCAACCUCUGGACCCGUCAGUCACUCCCACAGUCCUUUUAGACCCAAUUGCGUUGUCAGGCAUGUUAAGAAACAUACAAAACUGAUCCCACCAUUUCUCACUGUCUAGUGACUCUGAGCUUAUAUGUUUAUUUUUUUGUUAAAUUACAGUUCCACAUUAUGGAAAAUACUUUUUUCAAAUGUAGAGAAUUGGAUGGAAAACAAACAUGUCAAACAAAAUGCUUACACUGGUUAACCGUCUUGCCUAUACCUUCCAGCUGUCUUUAGAGGUGCUGGUAGAAUACGGUUUGGACUUUGGAGAAGGCUCCUUUUCUGGUAUUAAAAUUAAACUGUUCAUCUUCCUGAAAGAAAGCAAAUAUUUGUAUUUCCCUAAAUGUCAAAUGCCUCGUGUUCUUUGUUAAAAUAAUCCUUAUUUUAGACUCAUUUGUUUAGAAUUUAAGAUGUCAUUGGUGUUGAAAAGUUAAGUUAUGUACUUUUUUCUUGUCAGUUUAGACCAUGCUAUAGGAAUCUGUCUAUUGCCAGUACUGAUGAUGAUGAAUGGAUGAUUUUUCCAACCUUUUGGUAAAAUCUAGAACAGGAGGGCUUUUUAAUCUACAUCUGAGGAGACAGAUAAUUGAGGGGACUGUUGUAGAAUAAGCAUGAGAUAUUCAGAAUUUAUACCAGUCAUGUUUCACUCUGACUAUGAAAUAAACUUGUCAAAUAAA